AUGGCGCCGCCAGUCACUCCGUUCCCUGCCGCCUCUUUGCCCGUUCACGUCCACUCGACAACCCAUGGCUUCAAACCCAAAGCCCGCAAGGGCCCGCCUACCGACCUUUCCUCCUGCCCGCUGUACGCCAUGACGCAGUUCUCUUGCAACCCCCCAAGUAAAGGCGUGCCCGAUCCGGGAAUCGUCAGAUGCGAGACUGUUGUGAGGCUGUUUAGACGGUGUGCAAAUGGGGUGAAUGCAGAGACUACAACGUUGGAGGGCCCUAGGUACAGAGACGCCACGACAAUGACAUUUGAAGCUACGGAUCGUGCCUGA